UGACUUCCUGCUUUAGGUGUCCCAGCUCCGUCCGUCCUCCAUCUGUAUAAAACAAUUUGUCCAGAUCCGUUGGGAGAAAAGGUCUCCUGUCGUUGAGAAUGAUGUGGAGAAGAACAGCUUGGAUAACAACAUCUAUGUUGCUGCUCAUCCUAAUGAGAGCCUCCAGAGUUCAAACCACCACAUGUCAUCAAGCAGAGUACAGCGUGGGGGACAUCUGCUGUCCAAUGUGUCCUCCUGUGAAUCGUGUUAAAACAGACUGCACAGAGCUCAGAACUACAUCUUGUCAGCCUUGCUCAGCUGGAACUCAUAUAGACGUCCCAAAUGGACUGAAGAGAUGCUCUCCAUGCUCCACCUGUGAUAAAGGAGCUGGUCUGAAGGUAAAAGAAGAAUGUGGACGAUCUGCAGACACAGUCUGUGAACCAAUGGAGGGAUUCUUCUGUACUGACCUUAAACCAGGAGGCUGUGGAGCAGCACAGAGACACAGGAGCUGUGAACCAGGACAGUUCAUCAGGAGGACAGGAACAGCCUCCACAGACACAGACUGCUCUGACUGCGUCGCUGGAACGUUUUCUGAUGGAUCAAUGUCGUCCUGUCAGCAACACACACAAUGUGAAGAACAAAACCUUCAGCUGAUAAAAGCAGGAAAUACUUCAACUGAUGCUGAAUGUGGAGAAAAGAAAAACAUCACAGGAAUAGUGAUCGGUGGGGUGAUGGGUUUUUUAGUUCUGGCAGCGACUAUUGCUGUUGUUUUUCUCUGGAAAUAUCAAAGGAAGAGACUAUUAGAUAUUUGCAGAAAAAAACAAAAAUCCCAAAGGGUAUGUAGGUUUAUUAACUGAACAGAUGUUGAUAGAAAUAUUCACUUUAUUGAAGAAAUCACUGACUUUUCUUCUACAUAACAGGAUC